AUGGGCGAUGAGUCAUCAGAAUAUGAAGCUUUGCGGCAAUUCAUUAGAGCUGUUGAUCCUCAACAUGUACUCAGCAUUGGCUACAAUGUGUCUAUGCGGCGAAAUCCCUGCAUGCAUAAGUUGAAGGGUGUGAAAUGCAACUCACAGGGUACUUCGGUAACGGAAAUCAGGCUUGAAAAUCUGAAUCUUAGAGGCAUACUUGAUGUAGAUUCACUAUGUAAGCUCCCAAAUCUUCAAUAUGUUAGCUUAGCAAGAAACCAAAUCCGGGGAACUAUUUCUAACUCAAUAGUGCACUGCACAAGGCUAACCUAUUUGAAUCUAAGGAGCAAUGUUCUGAGUGGGAGGAUACCUAAAAAGGCUCUGAGUAAACUGAAAGAUCUAAGGAGAUUGGACAUAUCUGACAAUCAUUUUACUACCACCAGCCCACCCUCAGAUAGCCCAACUAGUGGCAAUCCUAAUCCUCCCGGUAAAUCGUGGUACAAGAGAUACAAGUUCAUGAUACCAUUAAUUGUUGGGAUUGGCUUCUUUCUCUUGUUCACAUACUUUGCGGGGAGGAAGGCGGCGAAGUUAGCUGCAGAUAGGGAGAUUAUGAAGUCGCUUCGAGACUCGCCACACAAAAUGCCUCUUCCUACGAUUCAAGAGGAAGAGAAGCCAGAAGAAAAUCGCUCAGAGCUUGUGUUCUUUGUUGAAGAACACGAGAGCUUUAAAUUGGAGGACCUCCUUGAAGCCACAGCAGACUUGAGAAACCAGACCUUUCGCAGCAGCCUUUACAAGGUAAUACUCAAGAACAAUGCUCUAUACGCAGUCAAAAGGUUGAAGAAAUUGCAGGUACCCUUUGAGGAGUUUGGCCAAACAAUGAGACAGAUAGGGAACCUAAAGCAUCCAAACAUUCUACCUCUUGUUGGUUACAAUUCUAGCAAUGAAGAAAAACUUCUGAUCUACAAGUUUCAAACCAAUGGAAGUCUGCUAAACCUGCUUGAGAGCUACAUAGAGGGUAAGAGGGAUUUUCCAUGGAGGGUUCGGCUAUCCAUAGCGCGCGGCAUUGCAAAGGGCCUAGCCUUCAUAUAUCAGAGAUCUGAUGAGUGCAUCCCUCAUGGGAAUCUCAAGCUCUCAAAUAUCCUCUUGGAUGACAACGAGGAACCCCUAAUUAGUGAAUACGGGUUUUCAAGAUUCUUCGACCCCAAGAAAGGAUGUGUCAUUUCCUCCAGUGGUUACACAGCCCCUGAGAAAAUGUUAUCAGAAAAGGCUGAUGUUUAUAGCUUUGGAGUGAUUCUUCUGGAGUUGUUAACAGGCAAAACAGUGGAAGGAACUGGUAUAGAUCUUCCUAAGUGGGUCACUGCCAUGGUUAAGGAAGAAUGGACAGGAGAGGUUUUUGACAAGGAGGUUGCUAAAGCUGCAAAAGAAUGGGCCUUUCCUCUUCUCAACAUUGCCCUAAAAUGUGUAUCAGCUUCCCCCACAAACAGGCCAACUGUGGCAGAAAUUUAUGAGAGGAUUGAAGAGGUUAUGCAUGACAAUUCGAAUUCAUCGGAUUGCACAACCGAGUGCGGCGCCUAUCAAGACAACUGCUGCAUGCUUCACUCCAUCAUACCUGAGACCUGGGACAGUCCUGGAUCAAAUUACUAG